AUGGAUAGUGUUGUAGAUAAAAAAAUUAAUUCCUAAGAUUCACUGGAUUCAUAAAUGAGUUUCUAGUAGAAUAACAGCAGCACAAGUAGUACUCUAUAUCCACCAUAAUUCAUUAGUAAAAAUGAACAAUAGACGUAAGCUGCUAAAAAAGUAUUUUUAGAAGACAAAAAUUUAUUGUUUGUUUCUAAUGAGUGUUAUUUUUUGGGAGAAUUUUAAUGCGAUAACAUCACGAUCAUCCGUGAGUAUAUUUAAAAUAAAGAGUUUUGCAAUCAAAAAAUAUACCAUACACACCUUAAAUAGAAAUAUUCUGCAAAUUUAUCGAGCUAAAUAAUCAUAGCACAUGGAUUAUAUGAAACUUCUGCACACUAUAUGGAGACUGCUUUUAUCCUUGUAGGAUUAGGCUAUGAAGUCCAUCUUUUUGACUUUUCAGGCUUUGGGCAUUCAGGAGGUAAAAGGAUGAACUCUAGUUGUAAAGAACUUCAAAGCGAUUUUAUAUCGGUGUAUGAUAGAUUAUCUCAUUCGAGACCUAUUUAUAUAAUAGCUUGCUCAAUAGCUGUACCGAUAAUUCUAAGUUGUAUGAUAUUAAAUCCUCAAACUAUAAAAAUAAAUGGAUUUAUCAGCUAUAGUGCUAUGAUUAGUAUUCCUCUUAUUUACAAUAAAUAUAAUUUUGCUUCAAAUGCAGUUCUAUUUUUUCUUUCCAAGCUUAAUCCAGUAAAAUAAAUGUUUAAUUACUGA